AGAGGUUGUGUAGAAUCGAGGAAACCCUGGGUGAGCUUAAACAAAGUAUGCUCUCCUUGACAGCUGCAGUGAUUAGGAUAGAGCAGAAGCUACAAACACUCAACCUGUCUUCCUUUGUUGGGUCGUAUUCCCAAAAGCCGGUGGUUAACCUCACUCCUGCUCUUUCCCCGCAGGUCUUACCGGAGAAGCCGUCCACCAGCAAUGCUGUUACUAGCCUUCCUAGAUCUGGCCCAGCUUCCACUUCUGGUUUCUGGGGAGCCUUUGAUUAAGGCAAAUCUCUGCUCUACCUCGGGAACCCCUAGUGUCUUGUCUUUCUCCCUGCCAUCGUUUUCCCCAAUACAACCUGAGCAAAAAGUUUGCCGAGUUACCAUCACCCACACUGAAGCACGUCCUCUUCAAGCAACUCUUCAUCGAUGCAAAAGGCUUGUUACAGUAACCUCAUGGGGAGUAUUCCAAGACUGUGAUUUCACCUAUCUUGCUACGCUGCCUCGCAAAGGAUGUGUACAAGUUGAAACAUACCCCCAAGACCCGUGUGAUGAUUGGUGGUAUGCCGGAGAUCACCCCUACAUUUGGAAAUUAUCUGCACAAAGAUUUAAGUGCGAAUUUUGUUUGUGCUUACCUAUCACUGAAGCCACCGUUAGCUUUCUACCUCAUCCACCGAGGCUCUAUUGCUCCUUUGAUGACUGCUCAGUCUGCUCUCCUACAGAUUUAACCUCAGGGGUUUGUGUAUUAUCCUCCGGCACGGAGAUUACCUUUGUUCCGCCCGUGAUUAACGACGAGUAUGAGGAGCUAGAGGUAAUUGGAAAGUUAUUCUAUAACCCUCGUCAUGUGAUGAUUGACACCCUCCAUGCCUCAUACACUUUAGAUGAAAAUUUCCUUUUCCGAGAUGACAAGUUCAAAGUCUCAUGCCGAACCCGAACAAAACGCGAUACAGAACAGGAAUAUACUGAUGAUCAACUAAGGCCUUUACUCCGCGUUUUGAACGACGCCGCACAUAUGGUACACCGGUUACUAACUACUUUAUUGAGUCAACCUUUAACCGACAUGUCUGCAUUUGCCCAGCAAAUACUUGGGAUAAAAAACAUUAUUGGGGUGGUAAACAAGGGCUUAGUAUUGUAUUGGGAAUGUCAGCCCGUGCCGGUGGAACUGCUCCCGUGGGCCAACGAUACACUGUAUCCUCCUGUAUUAUUCAACAAUCAAACCUAUUACAUGAACCCCUACACUCAAAAUCUUUAUGCCACAUCUCCCCUUGUUUCGUCUGGUAUGUACGUAAUUAUAGCCCAGCCGAGCAGCUACUACUUAGGAUCGACAGGGUCAGGCAUGAUACCAAAGAAGAUUCAAGCUUCAGGACACUACCUCAACCUUACUUCGCCUCUAGAGGGUCUCGACGCAUUAAACGAUCUGAGGACCCAUGUACAUCUGUCUGAUCCAUUGUCAAUUGCAGUAAGGUCUACCUUCGAUCGAGAUGCCUUUAAACAUGAAGUUCUAAGUCAAGCCAGCGACUACGCUGCGCUUCUUUCUGUGGGGUUUAGCUCUAUUUUACUAUUUUUAGUCAAAGCCUAUAAUUUUUACAAGUACGGCAGGUUUGCCAGAGCACUCCCUCCUAUAUCUGGGGACCAGUAUUAA